AAUGUUCAAUACCCCUCAAUCAUAAGAACUCCCAUAUCACUCCUUCUCUCUCUCUCUCUCUCUCUCUCUCUCUCUCUCUAUGUAACAAUGGUGGUCAAGAAUCAGAAAGUCAACACUUUGAUCUUCAUUUUCAUCACAUCUAACUUCUUGUUUGCAGCUCAAUCGAACUCAUGGAUUGGUUCCAAAUACCAAAUCGAAUGUACAAUGUGUGCUGCCUGUGAUAAUCCAUGCAGCCCACCCACCUUCUCUCCACCACCACCGCCACCACCGUCGCCUUCCCCACCACCACCGUCCAUUCCCAAACCCUCUCCACCGACAUCAAUCGACUGUCCUCCACCGCCUGCUUCCCCUAGCUCCGGUGGAAGUGGUGGUGGAAGUGGCUACUACUACCCACCUCCACCAAACUCCGAUCAGGGUCCUUACUACACCUACCCACCACCGUACAGCAAUUACCCGACACCAGGACCACCCAACCCAAUUAUGCCAUACUUCCCUUACUACUAUUACAGCCCUCCACCACCUGGACCUUCCGCCGCCGUCUCACUUCCCGGUGCCACCACCCUGUUCUUACUCAGCUUCAUUUUACUCUUCUUCUUUUAGUUUUAUGAAAUUAUAUAUAUAUUCAAGUGAAGAAUAAAGUGUCAAGAGUUCACAGAUCUACAAAAAGAUUACGCAAGAUUCGAGAUUGAUGAAUUCCCAGAAAUACCCAUCAAGGUUUCAUCAAUUUACAGAUGAAUUCGUGAUCGCACUACACCAGGAAUCUUGAUGAUGAAUGAUGAUGGCUGAAAGUGGAAAAGCACUAUUUUGCUGUGAAGUAAUCUGUAAAUUCUUGACAUCUUAUGUCUUCUUUUUAGUAAUGUUACUGUCUGUUUAGCUUUACUUUACAUAGUAUAUUAGUAGUAAUUAAUUAAAUGAUAAUCAUCAAUUAUUGUUACAUUUCAAUCUAUACCCUUUGUUUUACUUGAUGAA